AUGCGCACCCACGAGACCCGCACGGAGGGCGUGCUCGACUGCACAGGCGCGCUCACCGUCCUCGCUACAAAGCUCACCGCUGUGGCGUAUAACUACCAGGACGGGCUCACGCUGCUCGAGGAGAAGGACGAAGGCGCGCAAGCCAAGGACGAGGAGAGGAAGGAGUUGACCGAGGAGCAGAGGCGGCGGGAGGAGCGGACGGAGCGUUCGCGAUUGGAGAGGCGAAAGGCGGCGCUGGUUACCAUGCCGUCGGUGGUGCAGAUCUGGUCCCCGGGACUCAAGCAGCCGCCCAUCUUCCCACCGUUCUGCCGCGCGUUCAUCCAGGGCGUCCUCUCAGCGUUCGUCUUCCUGCUCGUGUCCCCCUCGCUCGACCUAACGCGCAUCAGCGACAGCCACAAGAACCGCGCCUACCCCUUCCACCGCCGCUGGCUCCUCGCGCACCACGCGUGCAUCGUGUGGCGCUUCCGCGCGUACAUCCUCUGGAGCAUCACUGAGGCUGCCAUGAUCACCGCCGGGCUCGGCUUCAGCGGCUGGGAGACCCCCACGGGGGACCCUGGGAAGGGUGGGGACGUGAAGGGGAACGGGGGGGGAUUGGAGGGGGCGAAGGUCAAUGGGAAGGGCGGUGGUGAUGGGGAUGCGGGGAAGCAGGAGGGUGCUAGGACGUGUGCAGCGCCUGCUGGGGAGAGGAAGGCGCUGUGGAGCCGGGCUCGCAAUGUGGACAUACUGGGGGUUGAGUUCCCCAAGAGCUGCCUCGACUUUGCUACCAACUGGAACAUCUCCUACGGCCUCUGGCUUAGGCUCUACGUGUACAACCGAAUGGUGCCGCCCGGCAGGAAGCCCACCUUCGUCCACAUGCUCGCCACCAUGUUCAUCAGCGCCGUCUCCCAUGGCUUGAAUUGGGGUGACCUCAUAUUCUUUGCCAAUUGGGCGCUUGUUGUUGCCAGCUCCAAAGCCAUCUACCAGCUCACAGCUGGAAUCCCCAAGGGCACCAGUACCCACCGCAUUGUGGCACUUCUUCAUACCCUCUAUAGCAUCUUCGUCUCCACCUACAUGGCCAGCGCCUUCUGC